CCCAAUGUGCGGAGUGUGUCUUAGAGACAAUUAAUGGUUUCCGAAACGGCCAUGAGCCCUUGGAUUCACAGUCCGAGCACACUAACUAUUCUGUCACUUCAAGCCAUCCAAACAUCCAAUUCUUGGCAGGUUGAAUAAAUUAUUUCCCUGACAAUCACUUAAAACUGAAAGCAGCAACAGUAAUGGAAUUACCAGGGUACAGUGGAUCUUUUUUGAGUGAUAAGACACGUGAGCUGUAUAAGAACGUAGAUGAGUUUGCAAAGAAGUAUUCCUCCCAGUAUAAUUCCAGCAUCUUCUUGUCUCGCUUAUUAUUGAAGCCUACAGUAGUUGUGACUGACAAUGCAACAGUUAGAGAACUACUUGCUGAUAAAGAAGGAAAUUUUGAAAUGGGGUAUAAAGAAUUUUUCUAUGAAAUUUAUGGUGAUGUUUUGCUGUUUUUAUCUGGUGAAGAAUCAAAACCUGUACGUGCAGUACUGGAAUCUCUCAUGACUAGAGAUCAUGGAAACACAUACACAACUUUCUUGGAGAAAAUUAUGGACAAUUGGAUGGAUAAACUUGAAACAAGCAAACCAAUAGAUGUUUAUAAGCAUUUUAAAAAAAUGUCAACCCACAUCAGCCUGUCUCUGUUCUUGGGAAUAGAUCCAGCUGAAUCAGCUAAUUUUGUGGACCACCUGAUAGAGCUUACAACCACUCAUUGGCAUGGCAUUAUAUCCAUCCCUCUGAAUGUGAAAAUUCCUUUGUUUGCAUCAACCACCUAUCGUAAAGCUUUGGAUGCAAAGGCAGAAUUACUUGAAAUCAUCAGGAAGCAAUUACAAGUUGCAAGUGUUGGAUUUAUUUCUCAGAUGCAUGAUGACAACAGAAUGGAGUUUGAGAAACAGGCUGAUCACAUUCUUCUUUUCGUGUCAGCAUUGGUACCAAAGGCAUUGGCAGCAAUUUUAACAGCAUUUAUUUUUUCUUCACCAUUUUGGUAUGAAAAAUUUGUUGAUUUAAAAGGAAACAUGAAAGAAGAAGAUCUUUUAGGAAUAAUUUUAGAGGUAGAACGCUGUUGGCCUCCUUUUGUAGGAGGUAGACGAGUGGCUAACAAGGACUGCCAAUUGGGAGGAUAUUUAAUUCCUAAGGGGUAUGGAGUUAUCUACCUGGCUACAUCGGCUCACAGAGAUCCAUCAGUAUUCAGUAAUCCAGAAGAGUUUAUAGCAUCUCGUUGGACUGGAGAUGUACCAGCCCAGAGAUCUACACUUUUCACAUUUGGUGCAGGAUCAAGGAGUUGCAUUGGAACAGAUUUGAUGGAGGCAGUAAUUUUGAAAUUCUGUAGGAAGUUGAUGGAAAGAUUCCAGUGGGAAGUGAAAGAAAAUGGAGGAAGUCUGAAAUGGAUGCCAGUAUCAAGGCCAAAAGAUCGUGUCAUUGCUGUUUUCAAGUCUCAUAUAAGUACUUCAGAGAAGGAUCAAUAAUUGCUUGCUAGUUAAGAUACAAAAUGACAUAUCUAAGUAGCCUAAAAACAAUGUGUUCUAGUUUCAGAAUAAAAACAAAAUAGUAAUUAGCACAAGGUAAUAAUUACCUCAAAUUCCAGUAGGAUAUCUUACCUUUACUCACAAAUAGCUUUUCUUGACUUUUACUCCCCUCUAUAGGUGCAAAUGUUUGCUCGCCACUGGCGUCGAUACUCCCACAUAUUCUCAUGUCUACUCACGUGAGCCAUCUGCAUCCUAUUAUGUAAAUGAUCAUGCAGCAACUUCCAACAAUAUGAGUGCAACACAAUUCCUAUCAUAACUAGCACCCUCUCUUCUGUGUAUCCCGUAAUCACUUCUGGAUUGGUACUCCUACUGAUAGGAUGUGUUUUUGCUUGUUAUUUCCUACUAAUGGUUUCAACUUGAUAACGAGGAACCCACUUUUUAGAAAAUAUAAGUUUGAGACGGCUUGACUGGGUAAUGAAAAAAUUUUAUUAUAAAGAUACGACAUUUCGACAAGAUUUGUUAUCCUCAGGUACAAGUAGCUUACAGAGAUACAUGAGUAUAUGUACAGUAUAGAACAAAGAGGUCACAUGACCAGAUAUUGCUUCACAGUCUAAUAUAGGUAUCUUGGUACCCUGGGGUGUUGAUUUAAGGUGGGGCUAUUUUCUUCAAUUAAGAUAGCUU